AUGACUUUUAGGUCACGAAGUCCCCUGUCACAUGAGGCAAGUGUCCCGCAGAGGCCCCCGGGAGUCGUAGUCCAGGACGCGGGGAUCGCCGGGAGCUGUAGUCAGUCCCGCCUGUCCAGUCAGCGCGGUGCUGCCCGUCGGGCGCUCGGAGCCAUAGCCACCGCCCAGGGGGAUGCGGAAGCCGCUGGCUCCGGGGAGCGGAGAGGCAGGCGGGGUGAGGGGCGUUGCCACGCAAAGGGCGAGCGCCGUGGUCAGGCAGGAGCCAAGGACGGCAUGUCCCAGGCCCCAGGAGUACAGCCGAACCAGCAGCCCUCUGUGUACCACGAACGGCAACGCCUGGAGCUUUGUGCCGUCCACGCCCUCAACAACGUUCUGCAGCAGCAGCUCUUUAACCAAGAAGCUGCUGAUGAGAUCUGUAAGAGCCUUCUCAGACAGAGACCAGCCCCUCAAAGUGAUCACUGUGGGAUUUAUUCAUCUCUGUCACAAGGAUCUGGCAAGUCUUUCACCCCAAGGAUGUGCUGGAGAUCCAGAGAUGAAUCCCCUGUCCUUGGGGAGGCAAGGGAAACAGAUAUACAGAAAAGUAAUACACAUGCUCGUCCCUUCUUCUGCCCUGCCUCCCAGGGCCCCAGAUCGGAACAGAGGUUGGCCCCAGACUCCCGGCUGAACCCCCAUCGCAGCCUCCUGGGCACUGGCAACUAUGACGUCAAUGUGAUCAUGGCCGCCCUGCAGGGGCUGGGCCUGGCCGCCGUGUGGUGGGACAGGAGGAGGCCCCUGUCCCAGCUGGCCCUGCCCCAGGUGCUGGGGCUGAUCCUGAACCUGCCCUCACCUGUGUCACUGGGGCUGCUGUCCCUGCCUCUGCGCCGGCGGCACUGGGUGGCCCUGCGCCAAGUGAAUGGUAUCUACUACAACCUGGACUCCAAGCUGCGGGCACCUGAGCCCCUGGGGGAUGAGGACGGUGUCAGUCUCUCAUCUCUCCUGCCCAGGGCCUUCCUAGAGGCUGCCCUGGCCCAGGGCCUGUGUGAGGUGCUGCUGGUGGUGACCAAGGAAGUGGAAGAGAAGGGCUGCUGGCUGCGGGCAGGCUGAUCCCAUGGCUGACUCUCGCUACCACCCAUUGUGAUCUCUGUGUGACCACAUCCACCUGAGUGCCAGGGAAGGGGCUGCACUCUGUGGACCCUAAGGAGGCUCCAGCCCCUCCCCGACCCCUACCUGCCACUGCCGCUACUGCCUCAAUAAAUCUACUGAUUUGUUUCC